GUGACGUGGGGGACUUUGCGAUAAGCCAGUUUAUUUUGUGUGUCCUUGGACUUCCCGUCAUCAGCAAACUCGAUUCAAGACUGCAUUGUGUUUACAGUAAAACGGGGGCUUCUGGCGCCAAACAUGUCUGUCAAACAUGCUAUUGGCCGUGGGCUGGAGCUGGGACGCUCGGUACUGCAGCUCGGGCUUCUGAAACCAGCGGCCCGGGUUGCAGCUAAGUUCCGAGGAGAGCGACUCAGGCUAGGCCAACCCUCCAGUCGAGUACAGCCUCAGACUUUCCUGCCGGGUCGUUAUCGGUAUUACCGAGUGUCUCUCAGCGGGCUUGCGGCUCAGCUGCACCGGCGGGUCUUCUGGAGGAUUCCCGGUUCGGGCGCCCCCAGGAACAGAGCUGUGUUUUUGGCUUUCGGGAUGGGCUUGGGUCUUAUUGAACAACAGCUGGAAGAAGACAGAAAGGUCGCCGCGACAUGUCAGGACAUUCAGGCACUUUUCCAUAGCAAAGCAAAGAAACAUGAGAGCCCACUAAAGUCCUUCACCACCGGCUACAAACUGGAGGAUUACUGGAUUGGACAGCAGAUUGGGAAAGGCUGUAACGCUGCAGUGUAUGAGGCUGCUGCUCCAUUCGCUGCCCCCUGGAAACCUAAGCAAGCCUCCCAUGUGCAGUCACCCCCCAGGGGGGAAGCGUUCCUGGACACCAGCCUCCCUCUGACAAACCAUCCAGCUCGGCUCCCGCUGGCUGUGAAAAUGAUGUGGAAUAUCGGGGCAGGGUCUUCCAGUGAGUCUAUCCUGAGAGCCAUGGGUCAGGAAUUGGUUCCAGCUCCUCUCCUUGCUAUGAACAGUGAGAGAGGAACAGCUGCACUAAACGGGCAAUUUGGCUGCAUCAGGAAGAAGCUGGAGCCUCAUCCCAAUGUAAUCCAGGUUUUCCGAGCUUUUACUGCGGAUGUGCCUCUGCUGCCUGGUGCCUUGGCUGAUUAUCCUGAUGUGCUGCCUGCCAGAAUCAAUCCAGCUGGCAUCGGACACAACCGCACUCUCUUCUUAGUAAUGAAGAACUACCCCUGCACUCUGCGGCAGUCCCUGCAAGUUUCGCCUCCUGAUAACAGGGAGGCGAUUCUGCUGAUUCUGCAGCUGCUAGAAGGAGUGGAUCAUCUAAACAGACAAGGAAUCGCUCACAGAGACCUAAAAUCUGACAACAUCCUGCUGGAGCGUGAUUCAGUUGGCAGACCACGCCUGGUGAUCACAGAUUUUGGCUGCUGUCUGGCUGAGCAGCACUUGUGGUUGAAGCUGCCCUUUAACAGCUACUGUGUCGAUAGGGGUGGAAAUGCUUGCCUCAUGGCACCUGAAGUUGCAUCUGCAGUCCCAGGUCCUGGUGUUGUCAUUGACUACAGCAAGGCAGACGUCUGGGCAGUGGGUGCUAUUGCCUAUGAAAUCUUUGGGCUGCCCAACCCCUUCUGUACUCCAGGCCCAGAGGUACUAGAAAGCAGGACUUACCAGGAGAAGCAGCUCCCCCCGCUGCCCAGCACUGUGCCUCCUGAAGCCCGGCUCGUGGUAAAACUGCUGCUGCGCAGAAAUGCAAACAAGCGCCCAAGUGCUAGAGUUGCUGCCAAUUUGCUCCACAUUUGUCAUUGGGUUGGAAAUCUCCAGAAUGUGGACAGAAUGAAGAUGCAGAAGAUUGCUGACUGGCUUCUGUGCCGCUCCGCUGCUGCACUACUGCAUGCUGGGUACAAUGCUGGAAACAUGGUGGAGGCAGAGCUGCAGAGAAACUUCCUCAUCAAUGUUGACUUGGGAGAGCUGCGAAUGGCCAUGGCUUUUCUGAGCUGCGAAUGGCCAUGGCUUUUCUGAAGUGCGAAUGGCCAUGGCUUUUCUGAAGUGUGAAUGGCCAUGGCUUUUCUGCAGGUAAACUUUAAAUGUAGCCAGUGUUAAGAUGGUGUAUAAAAGUAUUUAAUUCUUGCAAUAACACUACUUAAGAAAUAUUAAAAGCAACUAAAUAAAUGUAACUAUGUUCAACUAGAAAUCACGUUCAGUGUCUUCAAUGAAAAAGACUUCUAGUCCAAAGGUUUGCCAUUGAAUAUAUUUAGUUUGUUUUAGUGCUUCCUGAUUUUAGCACUUUUGAGUGUUUUAUGUAAGUGAUAAACCACAGUAAGUGUUGAAUCUGUAAAAUAAUCCACCGUUUCGAGUGCCGUUAGGCACGAGACACUGGAUUAUUUUACAGAUUCAACACUUACUGUGGUUUAUCCCAUUUAAAACAUUUCUUCCUAAUUGACAAUUGUUCAAUAAUGAGAGUAAUUGAACUCUAAUUUGGUAAUUGACAUUUAUUUAUCCCAUUGACACAGACGACAUAUUGUGUUAUAAGUGAAGAUAUCAACGAGGACUUUGUUUUAAAUUUAGAUCUCAAAGGUGGCAUUAGAAAAAUAAAAAGAAGGAAAAAAACAAAGGAGAAAGCGGAAAGUAAGCGUUUUGCUGCACCUAAAACGGAUGAAGAAGUUAAUAUCUUUGCAAGCGAUCCAUUUUCUGGAAGUACUUGCGCAAAAUAUAAAUGGGUUGUGAAUCUGUUUGAAGUUUGGUUAAAUGAAAGGAAUUCAAAAGCUGACUUUAAAUCUGAGAUGCGUGUAAUUAGUGGAGAUUUAGUCAAUAUGGAUAAUGCUACUUUGUCAUACAGCCUUAGCUGUUUUGUGACAGAAGUAAGAAAAUGUAACGGAGAGGAGUACUGUGGUAAUUCACUAUACAAACUUGUAAUGUGUAUACAGCAUUUUAAGACUGCAGAGACGCACUUUAAGUUUGUUAAAUGACCCAGAGUUUGAAAGUUUUCUCAGUGUUCUUGAUGGGAAAAUGAAACUUUUGGCCAAAUCAGGAGUUGGUUUGCAUAAAAAGAAAGCUAAAGUUAUUUCCGAAGCACAAGAAAAUAUAUUGUACUGUACUGUGUGCUGAAAUUGGAAAUCAAUUAUGUUUAAAUGGUAUAAAAGUAUAGCUAAUUGUUAUUAUAAUUGCUACUUAUUAAAGACACACACUUUUUUGUGAA